CCAUUUUACUGUCCCGCUUUGCCCAGAAAAAUCAGGUCCGUUCGUCGCUGGCCCGCUACUGCCGCCUGCCGCUGUCGUCGCCGGGAUGAUCCGACGACUGAGCCGCCGCCUCCACUCUGCCUUCUUCAACCAGGCCCCACCGCGCCGCCGCGACCUCGCGGCCAACGCGGCGCUGCAGUGGCUCGAGGACGAGCUCACCUCGCUCGCUUUCCCCUGGCCCGGGGUUGACUCGUACGCGUACGCCAGGCUUCUGCAGGGCUGCGUCGCACGAGGCGACGCCCGCGGCGGCCGUGCCGUGCACGGGCACGUCGUGAGGAGCGGUGGCCUGGCUCGUCUCGACCUGUUCUGCGCCAACGUCUUGCUCAAUAUGUACACAAAGGUCGGGCCCUUCGGCAGCGCGCACAGGGUGUUCGACGGAUUGCCGGAGCGGAACAUGGUGUCUUUCGUCACACUUGUCCAGGGCCACGCACUGCGCGGAGAGUUUGAGGAGGCGUCAGCUCUGUUUCAGAGAUUGCGGUGGGAGGGGCAUGAGGUGAACCAGUUUGUGCUUACCACGGUGCUGAAGCUGGUUGUUGCCAUGGACACCCUGGGGCUUGCCUGGGGCGUGCAUGCUUGUGCGUGCAAGCUGGGCCAUGACCGGAACGCCUUUGUUGGAUCCGCAUUGAUCGAUGCCUACUCUAUGUGCGGGGUGGUCAGUGAUGCAAGGCGCGUGUUUGAUGGGAUCGUCGGUAAGGAUGCUGUUGCUUGGACUGCGAUGGUUUCUUGCUAUUCUGAGAAUGACUGCCCAGAGAAUACGCUUCAGAUUUUCUCCAAGAUGCGGGUGGCGGUUUCUAAGCUGAACCCUUUUGCACUGACCAGUGUGCUCAGAGCUGCCGUUUGCUUGUCGUCAGUUGUCCUAGGCAAGGGCAUCCAUGCCUGUUCUGUAAAAACACUUUAUGACACUGAACGUCAUGUUUAUGGUGCUUUGCUUGAUAUGUAUGCCAAAUGUGGGAAUAUUGAGGACGCGCGAUUAGCUUUCGAGAUGGUUACCAAUGAUGAUGUGAUACUCUGGAGUUUAAUGAUAUCGCGGUAUGCGCAGUGCAAUCAGAACGAGCAGGCCUUUGAGCUGUUCAUCAGAAUGAUGCGGUCUUCUGUGUCGCCUAAUGAAUUUAGUCUAUCUAGUGUUCUGCAAGCUUGUGCUAAUAUGCCCCUCUUGGAUCUAGGCAAGCAAAUUCAUAACCAUGCUAUAAAGAUAGGUCAUGAGUCUGAGCUAUUUGUUGGAAAUGCACUGAUAGAUCUUUAUGCCAAGUGCAGCGACAUGGAAAGCUCACUCGAGAUCUUCUCAUCAUUGAGGGAUGUCAAUGAGGUGAGCUGGAACACAAUCAUUGUUGGUUACAGCAAGUCUGGUUUUGGAGAAGCUGCUUUGAGUGUAUUCCGUGAGAUGCGUGCUGCUUCCGUACCUUCGACUCAAGUUACAUACUCAAGUGUGCUCCGGGCUUGUGCGAGCACAGCAUCCAUCAACCAUGUUGGUCAGGUUCACUGUUUGAUUGAGAAAUCAACAUUCAACAGUGACACCAUCGUAAGCAAUUCACUGAUUGACUCAUAUGCUAAGUGUGGAUGCAUCAGGGAUGCUCGCGAGAUAUUUGAAACUCUGAAAGAAUGUGAUUUAGUUUCAUGGAAUGCCAUAAUAUCAGGAUAUGCUGUUCAUGGACAAGCUGCAAUGGCCCAAGAACUUUUUGACAUGAUGAGUAAGAACAGUAUUAAAGCUAAUGAUAUCACCUUUGUCGCUCUUCUGUCUGUCUGCGGUAGCACGGGUUUAGUGAGUCAAGGACUCUCUCUUUUUGAUUCUAUGAGGCUUGAUCAUGGCAUCGAACCAUCUAUGGAGCACUACACUUGCAUUGUUAGGCUUCUAGGACGUGCUGGCCGUCUAAAUGAUGCUUUAAACUUUAUUGGAGAUAUCCCUUCAGCACCAUCUGCUAUGGUUUGGCGUGCAUUGCUCAGCUCCUGUAUAGUGCAUAAAAAUGUGGAACUGGGGAGAUUUUCUGCAGAGAAGGUUCUUGAGAUUGAACCACAAGAUGAGACGACCUAUGUCUUGCUAUCAAAUAUGUAUUCUGCAGCUGGAAGUUUGGAUCAAGUUGCUUUUUUCAGGAAAUCAAUGAGGAAUAUAGGUGUAAGGAAGGAACCUGGUCUUAGUUGGGUUGAGAUCAAGGGUGAAGUUCAUGCCUUUUCAGUAGGGUCAGAAGACCAUCCAUGUAUGCGAGUGAUCAAUGCUAUGCUAGAAUGGCUAAACCUGAAAGCAAUAAGGGAAGGUUAUGUACCUGAUACUGAUGAGGUGUUGCAUGAUCUAGAGGAGGAACAAAAAGUUCGCAUGCUGUGGGUGCACAGCGAGAGAUUAGCUUUAGCAUAUGGGCUUGUGAUGACACCUCCUGGACAUCCAAUACGGAUAAUGAAGAAUUUACGUUCUUGCUUGGAUUGUCAUGCUAUAUUUAAGGUGAUAUCCAAAAUAGUCAAACAAGAAAUCAUCGUGAGGGACAUCAAUCGAUUUCAUCAUUUUGAGGAGGGAACAUGCUCGUGUGGUGACUAUUGGUGAUGUUCUGUUGUUCAUUCAUUUGUUGGGGCUGCUCAUUGCUUCAAUCUUCUUUAUAUUGGACAGCUGGAUGAAAUUAGGCCCCUGGUAUCCACCAUCACCUCAGAAUGAAAUGGAGGACACCCUGAAAACCUAAGCUACUGUUCAGAUCUGCCCGACCAGACCGUCGCCCCCUCCCCUCCUGACAGCGACAAGGCCGUCCAAAGGGGAGAGAGCGAAGUGUAGCCAGCGGAGGACGGGGCGGGGCGGCCGCUUGGUUUUCGCAUACGCGGAGACAACUGAGCCGUGAGUCCUUGGUGGAGGCCCUGUUGUUUCACAAGAACUAUUGGUAAAUGUAUCAGCUGGGCUCUCCUCGCUGUUUCAGCAGAUUUUUCAUAAUCAGGCUAGCGUUGUCAAAGCUUCUGGCCUUCUGCCCAUCAAGUUAAAAGUUUCAUAGGUGAUGCCAACAUGACAUUCUGCCGCAUAAAUCCAAGAGAAAGCUCAACUGACGCGCACAAACAGUGGUGCUAACGAGCCCCAGGUUGAGAUGGCAGUUAUCAAGCUGAGGAAUAAUUGUAGGAUCUUUGACACGAUGCUCACAUCAUUUAGUGCGGUAUUUAUUUUUGUAAACUGAAAGUUGUGAGCUCCAUAUAUAUACUCUGCAAAUUCUGCUCAAUGAGAUCGAAGUAUGUAAUAUGUUCUUGAAUGGUACACGUCUACCACAUGGAAUGACAAUAGAGAACUUCAACUAUGGAUCAAGGCUCCAAAGGUUACAGACAUGUAGAUGGAUUUUUGUAUCUAUAACCAUCUUAUAAAGAAUAGAGAUUUACAUGA